GUCGUCAUUUGGAGACUCAGGAAGACUUGAGAGCCAAACAUGAAGCUUCUUCUGACAUUGAUUCUGCUGAUUGAGAUCAGCGUCAGUCUGACGCUUGCCGCUGACUGCGCAUGUGCGACGACGGCCGUACAUGUGCGUAACGGCGCAGGGACGACCCACACUAUUCUGACCACCUUGGCCCCCGGACACUGUCUCACCUUCAAGGGGCACAGACAGACGGUCGAUAGUGCCUCAUGGGUCAACGUCGACUACAAUGGACAGAAUGGAUGGAUCCAUGAGGGCUACGUGACGAUUAAGGCGUGUUCCUUUAGUACUUCCACGAGCAGCGCGCAACUUCCGGGAUGCCCGCACAUUAUCUCUCGCGCGGGGUGGGGCGCCCGGGCGCCGACACACCCCCACACGCACCUCACCCACACCCCAAAGUACAUGUUCAUCCACCACGGGGCUUCAGGGUUCUGCCACACCAAGGCGGAGUGCACUCACAUGGUCCAGUCCUACCAGAACUACCACAUGGAUGGGCACGGUUGGUCGGACAUCGGUUACAGUUUCGUGGUGGGUGAGGACGGAAACGUUUACGAAGCUCGGGGUUGGGAUUCCGUGGGGGCACACACGUUAAAUUACAACUCUGUAGGCCUCGCUAUAUGUGUGAUUGGUGAUUUCACCCACCGGGUGCCUAACGACGCUGCCCUGAACGCCGUGAAGCAGUUGAUUCAGUGCGGCCUGGACAACCACAAGCUGACGUCCACGUACACGCUCAGAGGUCAUCGUGACAUGGGUCAGACCGCCUGCCCGGGGGACAAGUUGUAUGCCCUCAUCCACGGCUGGCCACACUAUUAGCAACUUACGGUGGAUUAAUGGCCCAGCAUAUUUGUCUCAAGCUUAAAAUAUAUAAUUUUCAGGAGGCAUUGUAAUAAUAUUGAAAAUAAACAAUACGGUUUAAAAUCUU